GGUGUGCGGGGCCAGCUUUCUGGCAAGUGGCGGAGGGUGCAGGUAUCCAGAGGAGGCAGCAGAGGGCGCUGUGUUCCCGGCUAGGGCCCCGGCUGCCAUUGGUCAGGGCUGGGGCGCUGGGCUGGAGAAUUGGUGCAAAGUGACAAGUUGAGGGAGGCUGAGAGCGAGAGAAGGAGCCCUGGGAGCCGGAGGAGUAGCCUGGGCUGCCACCAAGGGAACCUCAAGACAGCAUCCCCAGGGCGCAGGGCGCGCUCCUCUCUGCGUCGCAGCCGGGGAGGCUCCCCGCUCCGCCCGUGCGCCCCGGACAGCCCGGCACCCAGCGAGCGGCCGAGGCGGGGCGACCGCUGUGGGCUGCUGAGGAUCCACGCUUCCAGCGUCCCGGGGCGGCCUGGAGGAGGAGGAGGAGGGAGAGGAGGCGAGGGGGCAGGUUAUAGGGACAAAGAACUUUGCCGACGCGCCCCCUCCAGCCCCCCCCCCACCCCCGGCAUCCUGUGGGGGAGAGCCAGAGAGGAGCGAGGUGACCGGGACCCCGGGCAGAGCCCGUGGAUGUUAUUUGUGCGGCCUGGGAGCCGCCACCGCCGCCGUUGCCGCAAGAGGAGGAAUGCACCGGCCGCCGCUCCCGGAGCUGCUGCUGGCGGCGCUGCUGCUGGCUGCGCGCGGGGCCGCCGCCCAAGAAACGGAGCUGUCAGUCACUGCUGACUUGGUGCCUACCUCAUCCUGGAACGUUUCAAGUGAACUUGACAAAGAUUCUUUCCUGACCCUCGAUGAACCUAUGAAUAAUAUCACCACAUCCUUGGGACAGACAGCAGAACUGCACUGCAAGGUCUCAGGGAAUCCCCCUCCCACCAUUCGCUGGUUCAAAAAUGAUGCGCCUGUGGUCCAGGAGCCCCGGAGAAUCUCCUUCCGGGCAACCAACUAUGGCUCACGGCUGCGAAUCAGAAAUCUGGAUACCACAGACACGGGCUACUUCCAGUGCGUGGCGACAAAUGGCAAAAAGGUGGUUUCCACCACUGGAGUCUUGUUUGUCAAAUUUGGACCCCCGCCAACUGCCAGUCCAGGAUCUUCAGAUGAGUACGAAGAAGACGGAUUCUGUCAGCCAUACAGAGGGAUCGCGUGUGCGAGAUUCAUCGGCAACCGCACUGUCUACAUGGAGUCUUUGCACAUGCAAGGGGAAAUAGAAAAUCAAAUCACAGCGGCCUUCACCAUGAUCGGAACCUCUAACCACUUAUCUGACAAGUGCUCUCAGUUCGCCAUUCCUUCUCUGUGUCACUACGCUUUCCCGUACUGUGAUGACACCUCAUCUGUCCCCAAACCUCGUGACCUGUGUCGUGAUGAAUGUGAAAUUCUGGAAAAUGUCCUGUGUCAAACGGAAUACAUUUUUGCAAGAUCAAAUCCCAUGAUUCUGAUGAGGCUGAAGCUGCCAAACUGUGAGGAUCUCCCCCAGCCAGAGAGCCCGGAAGCUGCCAACUGUAUUCGGAUUGGAAUUCCCAUGGCGGAUCCUAUAAAUAAAAAUCACAAAUGCUAUAACAACACCGGUGUGGACUACCGGGGAACUGUCAGUGUCACCAAGUCGGGGCGCCAGUGUCAGCCAUGGAAUUCCCAGUACCCACACACACACGCCUUUACCGCCCUCCGUUUCCCAGAACUCAAUGGAGGACACUCCUACUGCCGCAACCCAGGCAAUCAGAAGGAAGCUCCCUGGUGUUUCACCUUGGAUGAAAACUUUAAAUCAGACCUGUGUGACAUCCCCGCUUGUGAUUUGAAGGACUCCAAGGAGAAGAAUAAAAUGGAGAUCUUAUACAUACUGGUGCCAAGUGUCGCCAUCCCUCUGGCUAUUGCCUUGCUGUUCUUCUUCAUCUGUGUUUGCAGAAAUAACCAGAAGUCCUCAUCACCUCCUGUCCAGAGGCAGCCAAAGCAUGUGAGAGGUCAAAAUGUUGAGAUGUCAAUGCUGAAUGCAUAUAAACCCAAGAGUAAAGCAAAAGAGUUGCCGCUUUCUGCUGUCCGUUUUAUGGAAGAAUUGGGUGAAUGCACCUUUGGAAAGAUUUAUAAAGGCCAUCUGUAUCUCCCAGGCAUGGACCAUGCUCAGCUGGUUGCCAUAAAGACCUUGAAAGACUGUAAUAAUCCCCAGCAAUGGACAGAAUUCCAGCAGGAAGCCUCCCUGAUAGCCGAGCUCCACCACCCCAAUAUUGUCUGCCUCCUAGGUGCCGUUACUCAGGAACAGCCUGUGUGUAUGCUGUUUGAGUACAUGAACCAAGGGGAUCUCCACGAGUUCCUCAUCAUGCGAUCCCCUCAUUCCGAUGUUGGCUGUAGCAGUGAUGAAGACGGGACUGUAAAAUCCAGUCUGGAUCAUGGCGAUUUUCUGCACAUUGCAAUUCAGAUAGCGGCUGGCAUGGAAUACCUAUCAAGUCAUUUCUUUGUCCACAAAGACCUUGCAGCCCGCAAUAUUUUAAUUGGUGAGCAACUUCAUGUCAAGAUUUCAGACCUUGGGAUCUCCAGAGAAAUCUACUCAGCUGAUUACUACAGGGUGCAGAGUAAGUCUUUGCUGCCCAUUCGCUGGAUGUCUCCGGAAGCCAUCAUGUAUGGCAAAUUCUCCUCUGAUUCAGAUAUCUGGUCUUUCGGGGUCGUCUUAUGGGAGAUUUUCAGUUUUGGACUCCAGCCCUAUUAUGGAUUCAGUAACCAGGAGGUCAUCGAGAUGGUUAGAAAACGGCAGCUAUUGCCAUGCUCUGAAGACUGCCCGCCCAGAAUGUAUAGCCUCAUGACAGAGUGCUGGAAUGAGAUUCCUUCCAGGAGACCAAGAUUUAAAGAUAUCCAUGUCCGGCUUCGCUCCUGGGAAGGGCUCUCGAGUCACACAAGUUCUACUACUCCUUCUGGCGGCAAUGCCACCACGCAGACAACCUCCCUCAGCGCCAGCCCGGUGAGUAAUCUCAGUAACCCCAGAUACCCUAACUAUAUGUUCCCAAGCCAAGGUAUUACACCACAGGGCCAGAUUGCUGGUUUCAUUGGACCACCCAUACCUCAGAACCAGAGAUUCAUACCCAUUAAUGGAUACCCAAUACCUCCCGGAUACGCAGCAUUUCCAGCUGCCCACUAUCAGCCGACCGGUCCUCCCAGAGUGAUCCAGCACUGCCCACCUCCCAAGAGUCGGUCCCCAAGCAGCGCCAGUGGGUCAACCAGCACUGGUCAUGUGACUAGCUUGCCCUCGUCAGGAUCCAAUCAGGAAGCAAAUAUUCCUUUACUUCCACACAUGUCAAUUCCAAAUCAUCCCGGUGGAAUGGGUAUCACCGUUUUUGGCAACAAAUCUCAAAAGCCCUACAAAAUAGACUCAAAGCAAUCAUCUUUGCUAGGAGACUCUAAUAUUCAUGGACAUACUGAAUCCAUGAUUUCUGCAGAACUGUAAGAUGCAUGACUUCUGUAAAUGUGGUAAACAGGAAAAGUAGGACACCAUAGGAAAGAUUUCUAUUCAAAUGUUGUUGUUUUUUUAUUAAAGGAAGGUUCUCAUUUAGCAGACAUUGCAAAAAGUAUCUUCUGUGAAGUUUUAACUGUGUCUUACCAAGCAGGGCAGACACCAGCCAGGAAAAAAAGAAAACCAAAAAAAACCAUUAUGGGAUUAACACUCCAUCAACUUGCAUGAUAUGCACUUGCAUUGGUACUUCUGGUUUCAAAUGCUGAAGACUACAAACCAAUGCAAAGGAAAAAAGAACCUUGUGGUUAGAUAUCAAGCAAUAAAGGAAAAGAAAAUGGUGCUUUAUACUCACCCCCAGUCACCGUAACAGGUCCCCAAGAUGUAUAUACCAUGGCAUUUGUCUACCUGCUGUCUUUUCUUCAGGACACAAGUUCAGGAAUUAUAUUGACUCAUGCAUGUAAGACUGUACAUGUCUUUGUAUGGAAGUGAGGAAAUCAGUGAGGAAACUUCAGGCCAAUUUGGAAAUGAGCCAUAUGACAAGUAUAUGACACCCAAAAGCCUUUGACACAGUGGAGUUUCUGAAGAAGAAGGUGCAAAGUGUGCAUCUCUGUGAAUCUCCUCUGCUGAUCGCCAAGACCUUUUUCAUGUUGUGUUUACACAAACCCUUGAAAUAACAUGGGGUUUCUGAUCAUAAGGAGGCAAGGUGUGGAUGCUGGAAUCGGUGGUUGACCGUUCACUCCAUUGCAUUGGAAAUGAGACACCAAAGACCAAAGGAAGCUCAGUGGGGAAGAAAAAAGAAAAAGAAAGAAAAGUUCUCCGUCUAGACCAGCAUCCAUGAGAAGGAGACACAUGGGUUCAAUUGGGAUAGCCUCAGAGGACCUUCCCUGGACUAGUAGCAAUGUAGAGGUGGUGUUCAGAUGAUCACAAUAGUGCUUGCAACCUCCUAUGUAGGACUUGUCCAAGGAGGAGAGGAGCUCUCCAGUGGCUGGGUCUGUGACUCUGGGGCAGCAGGUACCUCUGUGACACUAAAACCUAGUUCAUUGCUCUCAUUUUUUUUCCUGACCUGGAAAUGUUCACAGAUUUUAUUCCACCACCAUGAUUUAUGGCAAUUUAUUCAUAAAGUUAGUUAAUAUCCAAAGAUUAUGAGUUCUAUCUCGUGAAAUACUUCAAUGUGUAUUUUUAAAACGUAAGUACUGGGUUCUCACUUCAAAAUUUGUCGAGUUGAAUUAUUUAAGGUGGUAAAUAGAAGCAACAGAAUCAACUUUUUUUUUUUUAGUUAGAGGGAGGUAUCAAAAUGUGCAUCUCAUACCAUUUACCUACUUUUUUUUUUUUUUAGCCAGGUUUAAAAUUCUUAUGAAUUUCAAGUUCUAUAUAGAAAGGAAUUUUUAUAAUUUUCUCUUGUUACAGAAGGAAAAAAAAGAACACUCCUCUAUUCUAAGAACAAUGUCUCAGUCUGUUUAUUUUAGAGUUAGAGAAUUAUAAAGAGACUUAUAGGAUAUAAAGUAAUUCCUGUAAAUGAUACUGGAUGAGGAGAGUGUAAAUUAGAAGGACAUUGAUAUUUCAGGUUUUAAAGACACAAUUAGAGUGUAAAUCAAUGAAAUAUGUUUACCAAAAUGUUUUGUGAUUUUCCCAAAUAGUGAAUCUUCAGACAACAGACAUGAACUUAAUGGCACUGUGAACUCAAAGUAUUAGGCUGUAUCCAAACUUAAUGGCAGAUAAAUUAAGACAUAUUUUUUGUGGUAUAAAUAAGCUGAAUCAGAACUUACAUUUCUUAUCUUUAGGCAGAGGAGAAUAUUUGUAUCCUUUUGUUGCUAUGCAACUAUUUAAUGAUGAAGAUUCCAACCACAAUUUUGUAUAUCAUACGACAAUCAAUUAUUUUCCAAGAAUAUUUAUUAUUUUUAACUAAACACAACUUCAGUGAAUCUGAGUUUUUCUAGAACUCCCUUAAAGGGAAAUUAGCAUUCCAUGAGCCAGUGAAGUACCUACUCUGGAAAAAUGUUACUAUGGUUAAAUAAUAUUCAAGCUAGUUUUUUAUAAAGAACUUUAACAUUUAUUUUGAAACAUUCUAUAAUUACUGGUCAUUCAAGUAAGCAGACUGAAUUUCAGAACCACUUGUUAUAGUAUAUUUUGUAAUAGCGCUGUGAUUCUUCAUAACACAGUUCCUUUUUGUAUUAAAAUUGUAUUUUUUCACAAACUGAAAAGUAUCUUUUGCUUUCUUGGUAAUGUUUUGUAAGAUGACUUUAUUUUCAGAUCUUUUCUUUUUUGCACAAAACUGUUUAUGGUUUGUAUCACAGAAGUGAAAAUAUAUCUCUGUGUUUUUAUAUCUGGUCUGUUUCCUUUGUUUUUAAACUCAAUAUAGUUUUUUUUUUCUCGCUUCAUAUAUAUAGUGGCAAUAUUCAGAUAUAUCACCCUGCCAUCUUUUCUUAUUUUCACUGCAUGCAUUUAAUCACUGUAUUACUUAAUGUUUGGUCUAUUGUUGUGGGCAUUUCAUAUUGAACAAGCAUUGACUUGUAAUGGCAGAAAGGCUGUUUGAGAGUGAGGCUAUUUGUAUUUCACACACCAGAGAUGAUAUUAAACACUGAUUAUUUUAUGCUGCUGUUCAUUAAAAAUGUUUACCCUA